AUGCCCAGCCUCCUCAUUGUUUUUUUCAUGAUCUUUCUCCUGGAGUCUGUGGUAGAAAUUAUAGGAAAUGGUUUCAUCAUUGUAGUGCUGGGCAGAGAGUGGAUGCGAUGUUGGACCCUAACCCCUGGUGACAUGAUUCUGGCCAACCUGGACAUCUCCCGUUUCUUUCUACAGUGGACAGCAAUUAUUAGUGACUUCUGCUCAUAUUUCUUCUCACCUAGCAAAGGUGUACUUUUGGGAAUGAUGUGGAAUCUUCCUAAUGUAACCACAUUCUGGUUCACCACCUUGCUUGCCGUUUUCUACUGUGUGAAACUUUCUUCCUUCAAUCACUCAAUCUUCUUUUGGCUGAAGUGGAGAAUUUCCCGAUUUGUCCCUUGGUUACUGUUGUGGUCCCUAGUGCUAUCCAUUUUGAUAUCCAUUCUGUCUUUUGUAAAAGGCUAUCACGUUUUGCAAUUUCCAGUCAUUGGGAAUUACUCGGAAAAGACCAUUUUGAAUGCUAAUAUACGUGCAUUCCAGAUACAUUUUUUCUUGCCUCUGCAACUAUUUAUUUUGUUAAUUCCUUUCUUUGUUUUCCUGGUUUCCAUCAUCCUGCUCACUUCCUCCCUGUGCCAACACUUGGGGAACAUGGAGCACCAUAGUGCUGAUCCUCAGGAUCCAAGGAUGCAGGUCCACAUUAUAACCCUGAAAUCUCUUUUCUUUUUUCUCAUCCUCUUUACAUCAUACCUUUUGCCUUUGAUCAUCACUACCACAGCACCUAUAUCAGUUUGCAGUUCUUGGUUUUGGAUAAGGGAGGUAGUGACGUAUGCUGGUAUCUCCAUCCAUCCUGCUUUCCUAAUCCUGAACACCUCAAAACUAAGAAGAGCUCUGAAGAAGAUGCUUCAUGAUCCAGAGUCUGCAUAA